UAAAGAAUCGUGGUGGCAACACUGAGCAAAGUGAGCGGCAGUCGGCCAUGGCUGUUUAGUUACGUAUGUCGCUCCGGGCAGCGCGCAUCAAUCGCGUACUGAAAAAAGUUUUUUUUUUAUAUAACAAAGUGUUGUGCUUCAGUAUUCGGUGUUUAUAUUAAACACGCAUUGUCUCGCUGUGUUCACGUCCACGGAUUGUUUAUGUUAGAAGUGGGGGGAAAAAGAAAAAAGGGGGGAAAUUGUGUACUGACGACGGUUUUUUAUUUUUUUUAUUUUUUGUACUCUGGUCGUGAUAAGUGAUAUUGUACAAAGGAAACUGCUUGGAAAGGUUUUGAUGCAGAGACAAACUUCAAAUUAAAAACGAAAUGGCCGAAAGAACUGAGUGAUGUGCGCGGAGACACCAAAACAAUGGCAAUGCGUCAUGACGUCAUGGAGCAGAGCUUUCUCCCUGCAGACCCACCGCCUGGCCCAGACAUGGGGUACCAACCGAAAUCCGACCUCGCCACCGAGUACUUCAACACCUUCAACCAGAUCUGUGAGAACUACCGCUCUGACUCCGACAUCAACCUUCGACAGACAUCAGAUUCUUUACGGUUAACAUCAGAGAUACUUGAUGGUGGUAGAGAAGAGUAUAUCAGCACGGAUUUCAUUGGGAAGGGGAGGGACUACCAGCAUGAUUACGCUGAGAAGGUGUUUCUAAGUGGGAAGGAUGACCAGAUAUUCCAGUUUGGGCAGCCUGACGCGUCUGCGUUGUUAAGGCACAGAGCCAGGAGAAGAUAUAAUGAAGAGCAUGGGUUGCAACCUCCACCUGCCACCAGUCAAGAGAGUGGGUAUGGCAGCGAUGAGUUCGGGCACGACUCGCCGAGCCGGUACGCGUCGCCGAAGGGCGCAGGGAACGGCGCUGGCUACCAGGAGCCAUACUACGGCGGCGAGUGGGCGGCCGGUUACUACCAGCCGCCGCCGCCGCCGCCCUACCACCACGACCCUUACGCCACGUCGCCAGGUAUAGCGGGUGCGCCGGCAGCGGACGCGAGCGCGGCCGGCGGGGCGGAGCUGCCGCUGCCGCCCAUGUCCUCAUUCCGGGCGGCGGCGCCGGUGCACUCGCCCAGCGAUCCCAUGAUCGUCGCCAAGCCUCCCAUGCAGCCUAUGUACGCGGGCGCGGCAAGCACGCCGGGCGCGGGCGGGGAGGCGGGCAGCCUGUCCUCGUACGGGUCCUCCCCCUCCACGCCGGUGCACUCCCCCCCGCCGCUACACGCACGCCUCUACCCGCCGCUCAAGCACUCGCCGCACCACGCGCACCACCAGCACCACAACGGACAGCAAGCAAACUGGGUGUCAACAGGCGUUUCGUCACCACCUUCAGCAGCAACCCCCCACGCGCCAAUCCCUGGCCCCGUCAUACCCAACGGACACCAGCAUGUUGUGUUCCCACCUGUCAUGGGCGCGCCGGCCGAGCAGAGACAACUAGACGAGGCCAUGGUCUUCCUCCGCGAGCAUUCCGACGUCGGGGGUGCGCGAAUGGAGGAGCGGUUGGACGACGCUAUCAACGUCCUCCGCAACCACGCGGAAGCCCCGGAGCUGUACCCCCAGGAUGUACAUCAUCCGCACCAGCCUCCACCAGUGAGUCGGGUGGGCGUACCGGGAGCCCUGCCGCACCUGCACACGGAGCCGCCCGUCAAAAUGGAGAGACAUCUGCUGCCCAAUACCAAAAAACGCAAAGAGCCCCCGGACUCAGGCCUGGACUCGAAACCGUCAUCGUCCGGGUCAGCCGACGCGCUCGCGAAGGGACCCGGCUCCAAGCGCUCCCGACGGUAUGGGUACAGCUGCUCCUCAGCCGACGAGGACGACCUCGACCCCGACGCCAAGGCGGCGCGCGAGAGAGAGCGGCGCCAGGCCAACAACGUGCGAGAGAGUUGCUCAUCCGCCGACGAAGGUGACGACGAAAUGGACCCACAAGCCAAAGCUCUACGGGAGAAAGAGAGGCGGCAAGCUAACAAUGCUAGGGAAAGGAUAAGGAUAAGGGACAUAAACGAAGCGCUAAAAGAGCUGGGUCGGAUGUGUAUGACGCACCUGAAGAGUGACAAGCCGCAGACCAAGCUGGGCAUCCUCAACAUGGCUGUGGAAGUCAUCAUGACGCUGGAACAGCAAGUCAGAGAACGUAACCUGAACCCGAAAGCGGCGUGUCUAAAGCGACGCGAAGAGGAAAAAGCGGAAGAUGCUCCCAAACUACUCGCCGCGCCCUUGCACCACUACCAACCCAUGCCUGGCAUGGGCCAGGUGUCAGGGCAGCCUCCCUCAGGGCCGCCGCAGCAAUAGCGACGCCCCUCGCGCCUCUGCGCGCUGCCGUGAACCCCUCCGACCCCCGUGAACCCCUCUCCACAACAGUUGGACCCCACCCGCGACCCCUAGCCGGUACUAGGGGGUGUUAGUCAUUUAUCUGUGUGAAUAUCUGUGAAAUAUGUUUAAGUAUUGCUUUUAAUGCGAAAAAUGUUUUUUUUUUAAAGUGGAUUUUUUUAAAGUUUUUAUAUGGAAAAAUAAUUUUAUUAUUUAUUGAAAAUUAAAAUUUUCGUAUAUUUUUUUCAACUCAACAUUUUUUCUGUCAGUAUUUUUUCUGUUUUCUUGAACUGUCAUAGUUUUUUUUUAUCUUUUUUGUUAAAUUUUUGAUAGCGUGACAUAACUAAGUUCAGAUAAUUUUAAAAUCUUCCUUUACUACUUUUUCAUAUAAUUUUGAAAGAUUUUUUGCAUUUAAAGCGAUACUAAAAUAUAUUCUAAUAAAUUAAAUCACACACUACAUAAAUAUUAAAAGGCGUUACUUUAAUUUAAAAAAAUAGAUUUAAAAAAUCCCAGUGAUUUUAUUUUAUACACUGACGUCAUUAGCACACGUCUGUACUCUGUAGUUCAAAUUGUUACUCAGGUACACCCAAGCGCGUCUGUAGACGCGUUUUACUUUUUUAUUCUGUGGUGAUUAUAAAAAAAAAUAGACUACAAUUUCCAAAGAGUGUUGAAAAAGCAGUGCGUAGUGAAUAACCGGACUUGAAUAGUUAAGUGUGUAUAUUAUAGUUUUAUAAUAUAAACGGAUGACGUCAUACAGUGGAGUGACGUUAGAUGACGUCAAACACCCAAAGACAUUGGGUUAUCCACAAUUGUAAAAUAAAAUAGCCUAGAUUUAUGUAUAGGUAGCCCUUUAGUGUAAUAAUUGAUAAAAUAGUAUAUACGGAAAAAAAGAUAUUUUUAAUUACAUACCGAUUUUAAAUAUUAACUUUUUUUUCGCUGCCAUAAGCGUAGGUUAUACUUAUAAGGUUCCGGAGUCCAUUUUUUUUAUACAAACAUGGCAACAUCGCUCGUCGUAUCAUUUUGGUUGAUUUUUUUUUUCACAUGGAGUUUUUUUUCAAAAUGUGCUCAGCAGCUAAAGUUUUAACGCUUGACAAUAAAUCCGAAAGUGGACUUCGGAUAUAUCAAGUUAUGUCUAGGUAUGAUUUUGAGCGGAUGUUUGAAAAAAUCGAGCGAUUUUCGCAUUUAUUGCGACUAAUUAGGUUCUUUUUUUGGUUUUUGGUUUAUAAUUGAUUUCCAAUAUUGAUUUUUUUAACGAAAUCAAUUAUAAAUCGAAUAUUUAUUGUGGUAAGUACGAAAAUCGCUCAGUUCGUCGAUAUUUUUUUGUAAAUGUGUGAAGUGGAAACAAUAGAAUGAACGUAUUGUCACGCCAAGCCAAAAAAAUAAGAUUUUUGGUUAAAAUUAUCGAAUAAUUUUAUUUACAAGGUUUUCAAAUCGGCAAUAGGUAACAUUUACAUACUUUUGUAGUGAAUAUUUUACAAGGUUUUUUUUUUAAUAUUUCAAUAGUAGUUUUUACAGAAAUCUGAAUACUUUUACAUUAAUUGUAAGUAAUAAAAAUACUCUUAAAGUAGCGAAAAAAUCAAUUUUUUUUUUUUGCAUUUUAACGUGUGUUUUUAUUUAACUAAUCUCAAAUACUGAUUUUUUUGGCUUUGCGUUGCAAUGUUUGAAUAAUUAUUAUGAUUGAUCAUUAGACAAAACUGGCUGCUAACUUAUGUAUAUGUACUUAAGAAUUUUAUUAUUUUAAUAAAAUCAGCUAUCUCACACUCCAGUGAAAAAUGAAUUUUUUAAACCGGUUAAUUUACGCUUUUGCGUAUCUUUAUUAUUUUUUAUUUUACACACGUUUUUUUUUUAUAAAUUAAAUGUAGCUCUUAUUUUUUUUUUUGAUUUUGUACUUAUACAUUAUAUUUUAUGUCAAGUUACAAAUGCAAAGAUUACUACACAAAAUAUUUUUUGUAAUAUUUAUAUAUGAUUUUUAAAAAUUAUCGAUUUUUUUACUGAUUUUUAAUUUAUUGAAUGAAAAAAAAUGUGUAAAUAAAUAUUUGCAUGAAUUUUAACGAAAUUGCACGAAAAACUAAAUAUUUUGUAUGGUAAACUUUGUUUUUUGCCAAAUUUUGACAGGACGAAUAUAUUUUUGAGUUUUUCGCAAAUUUUAUGAGUGAAAAAGAAUAAUGUUUCUUCGGCAUCUAAUAAAUAAUUUUAGCAAAAAAAAAACUAUUUAUACGAAAAUGCCAUAUUAUUUAAAUAUUUUUUGUAAUUUAUAGUUUAAAUUCUGCAUAAUAACAUAAUAUGAAAACAUAAUAAACUUUGAAAAAAAUUUGACACGUAAAAAUUAUGACGUAAUCAAUUAAUUUGUGUAUAUAGAAAAAAAUUAUAUGAUAUUUAAUUUUGAAGCUCAAUAUUUCAAUCGUAUAUGAUUAUGUAUUUUGUAGUUGCAUUUUAAUUUUUUUUUUAUCAAAUCGAUUUUGUAUGAUACUGUUUUUUUUUUAAAUUAACGAUCGCUUUAAUACAUGACAGCGCUUUAGGAGUAUAGGAUGAUAUUAAGGGUAGAAUCACACUCAUAAAACAAGACACUAUUCGAAAUAACUUGAAGUUUUUUUUGCCUCAAAUCAAAUUGUUUUAAUUUCUAUUGCUAGAUUGAAGACCUCUCUAGUGCAGUGGUAAGCUCUGUGGUCUUUUGAGGUACUGGGUUCGAUUCCAGUCAGAAGCAAUUUAUAAUUUCUUUGUCUAAUCAGACCAGAGGGCCUAUUUCCUACCAGCAAAAACAACCACCAAAUGGUUUUGGCACGAAUUCGCAUAAAAACCUAUUAGAGGUAUGGGUUUAAUUAAACUGCCAUACUUCUUGCAAGUUAAUUCACUUUCAUCUUACACUAUCGUCAUUUAAUCACUUACCACCAGGUGCGAUCGCAUUCAAAAUGACUUGUCAUCUAAUAUAAUUAAAUAGUACACUAAUGGAAGCGGUGCUGAUUAUAUUUGUAGUCGAAAUCAGAUAUAGUUACUUUUGUUUAAGUUAGAACCUUGACUUAAGAGGGUUUUAAACACACCCUGGUAUAAAAAAAAAACUUCAUUACCACGCUUUGCUUUCAAUUCUUCUAGCAAACGCUUCCCAUCUUAGCCACAUUAUCAUUUUUUAUCAGGUAUAUAUAUGAUUUUGGUAAAGCGAUAAAUUAAAAAAAAUUAAGUAAUCCUUAACGUAGUUAUAAAAUAAUUACCUUGGUAUAGAAAUUAUUACAAUUUGAUUGAACUCAAAAAGACGCCGCGUUUUUCAAGUUGCGUCUUGUAUUAUGAGUGUGCUUCGGCCCAAUCUCUCUUGAUUGGAUCAAUUGCGAAUUGUACUCCAAAGUAGUCUCUCGAUUACGUACAGUACAGUUUGGAGCAGUUGUUUAGUUCUAAACUCUGUAUUAUAUAGGUUUAAGGUUGAUUUUCGUUUGACAGUUGAAUUUAGAUGACAAUAUGGCGGAUAUGACAUGACAACUCAAUAUGGCUGCCGAGUCGGGCUCGGUUGACAAAAGUGUAAUUUUUUGGUCAGCACUGAGAAAUCUUAAAACAAAGUGGUUGCAGAAAACUAUUCUUUGAAAACAUGUGCUCUCUUCUUAAACAUAAUAAAUUAGGCACAUAAUUUGAUUUAUAAAUACUAUAUAUGCAACUCCCUAUUUUUUUGUAAAUGUAUUAAAAUUCGUGUCAAAAUAAAUUAAUUCUGUAGGUAAAUAAAAUCCGAAUAGUGCAAUGUCAACAAAUAAUUGUCUUGUAUAUCUUUGCUUAUAAAAUUCUGUAAAAGAACGAUUUUAACAGAUUAUCUGCAACUUACCUAAAAGGACGAAGAAAACUUUAUUAAUUUUUUGCUAAAUUAAAUGCUAAUUAAAGCAAUUAAAAAGCAUUUUUGAAAAUUAUAAUGAAAAAAGUUCACCAAUACAGUAAUUUUUCUCCAACUAUUUUGAUUUAAGAGUAUCAAGUACUGUGCCAAAACAAACAAAAACCGCCUCUAUAAAUACGCGACGUAGGAUCGAAAGUUGAUUGACAAGUAU